GCCCGCACCGCACCCGUCGCUCUCCGUCACCGCCAGCCUGGCUGCCUGCCCCUCUCCCUCUCUCCGUUUCUCUCUCUACUUCUCCCUCCCUCGCCGUCGACGGCGAUCGAUGGCCAUAUCCGUGUACGUAACCUGCCCCGGGUAUAUAUAUUACCCUCUGCCAGGGUCAGGGGGGAUUCAGAAAUCAUAACCGUGGAUCCAGCACAGGAUUUAUAAACCCUGCAACUCCUUUUCUUCGUCUUCGUCAGCUCAGCUCCGUCUGCUCGUCGGCAGCUGUCGCUCCCUCUCCGGCCGGCGGCGGCUCCUCACCCGGAGGGUCGGAGGAGAAGAUGAGCUUCUUCGCCCGCGGCAGCAGGAACCAGAGGACCUUCAGGCCCAAGAAGAGCGCGCCCUCAGGGAACAGGGGUAUGCAGCUGAAAAGGCACAUCGACGCCACUCUCGGCAGCGGCAACCUGCGCGAGGCGGUCCGCCUGCCCAUCGGGGAGGACCUCAACGAGUGGCUGGCUGUCAACACUGUUGACUUCUUCAACCAAGUAAACAUUCUGUACGGCACCCUGAUGGAGUUUUGCACGCCAGCUACCUGCCCGACCAUGUCAGCCGGACCAAAGUAUGAGUACAGAUGGGCUGAUGGAGUCAAGAUCAAGAGGCCUAUCGAGGUCUCUGCACCAAAGUACGUUGAGUACCUGAUGGAUUGGAUAGAAGCCCAGCUCGACGAUGAAAACAUAUUCCCUCAGAAGCUUGGGGCUCCUUUCCCUUCCAACUUCCGUGACGUCGUCAAGACGAUCUUCAAGCGUCUCUUCAGGGUGUAUGCGCACAUAUACCACUCGCACUUUCAGGUGAUUAUGAAGCUCCAGGAAGAGGCGCAUCUCAAUACUUGCUUCAAGCACUUCACGCUCUUCACAUUGGAAUUCCGGCUGAUCGACAGGGCAGAGCUGGCUCCUCUCAGCGAGUUGAUUGACCCCAUAAUACUUGGGUGCUAAACCAGGGAGAGCUUUGAUGAGGCCAAGUGUGCAUAGAAUCCUCCCCCCCCCCCCCCUUCUUUUUUGUCGUCUCUCCUGAUUAGUUUUGAUCAAUUCGGAUGGAACGUCUCCAUUUACAUUUUUAGACGCAUAGGCUAGCAGUUCGCAAGUCAGGUGUGUUCUGUAGCAGCCGCUGAUCGCAACAUAAUUAGUGAAAAUGGAGUGGUUUUUGAUCCGCAUCAGCAGGGUGUCUCGAUCGGUUAAUGUAUCUAUUGCUGGUGGCUGCUGCUAAACUGCAGUGGGCCUUCGUGGAUCAUGUAUAUAGUUUCAGACGACUGAUUCUGACCGUUGUUGGGCUAAUAACGGUUUGGGCCUGAGUUCUGCCCAAUUUUGGAUGACAGACAAGUUGUUUGGU